AUGGUUCUCCUCCAAACGUUCGUCGUCGCCUUUUGUGGGGAUGGCUUGGGGAAAUCGAUUCUCCAGCAUCCCGGAAGAUCGCAAUUGGACCACCAAAAACCGGCUGAAAAGGAGAAGUUGAUCCUUGAGCUGAGUCGAUUUGAUGGAAAACCGAACACCCCUCGAGGAGCCUCUUGCGAAUUUAUUCAACCUCAACAUCUUUGGCCUUAUAUUCAACAAAAUCUAGUCCAGCACAAUCAUCUAGCAAAUCCGGCAUAUCUACCGAGUCAUCAUCACCACCCGCAGCAGCAACUUUCACCCCACCAUCAUCACCAACAUCAGCAGCAGCAACAACAACAUGGCCCCCCGCAUGGGCCCCUCCCCCUUCAGCAGCUGGUCGUGGUCAAUGGAAGUCCCAACAACAGCAGCAACACCAACAAUAACAACAACAACAACCUUCCCACGAACUGCAACAGCAACAGCAAUAGCUGUAGUAACACCAACUCAACCAGCGAACCUGGCAGUCUGCCCAAUAGUCCAGAUCUCCAGCAACAGCAACAACAACAACAACAGCAGGACGACUCUCGUCUUCAGCAAUCUCAGCAACAGCAACAGUCCCGAGAUAAUAAAGUCAUUGCUAAACCACUUCCUAGCCGGCCGAUGCCUUUCCUUCAGCACGGGCUGAGUCAUCCGCAUCUGCACUCGCUCCUGGCGCACUGCCGGAAUCCUUAUCUGCCGGGAGGACCACAAGUUUUUCCGCUGCCGCCGGGCCAAGGCUUUCCAUGGGCGCACUCGACACGAGGGAAACCCCGACGGGGGAUGAUGCGGAGGGCGGUGUUUUCUGAUUCCCAGCGAAAAGGACUCGAGAAGCGGUUUCAACUGCAGAAGUACAUCAGCAAACCGGACCGGAAAAAGCUAGCCGAACGGCUCGGACUCAAAGAUUCUCAGGUCAAAAUUUGGUUUCAAAACCGUCGCAUGAAAUGGCGCAACUCCAAGGAACGUGAGCUGCUGGCCAGCGGAGGUUCCCGGGAGCAGACGCUUCCGAACAAGAACAACCCAAACCCGGACCUAUCGGAUGCCCGUAACGAUAGGCAGUCAUCGCUUUCACCUCCUUUGUCACCGAACUCUGUAACUCCUGGCAACACGGAUCAACAGCCAAAUCAGCAGCAACAGCAGUCACAACAAUCCCCGCAGCCACAUUCACCCAUCCGGCAGCAACCUUCCCCAAAACCUCCGCUCAUGAUCGGUGGACUUCCGAUGCCAAAAACGGCUGCGCUAAUCAAUUUUAAGCCAAAGUUUGAACUUACCAAACCUCCAAAUGCAGGCGUUGAGUUCAAGUACGAAUUCGAUGACGGUCAGCGCCAAUCGUCACCUCACCAGCAGCAUCAACAGCACCCACACCCGGUGGCGAGGCCUACUCUGAUGAAUAGCUUCUACGGAAACAUGGCAGCCGCAAUAUCGGAUCGCGUUGCUGCGGAUCGAGAAAUGUUUAUCGCAGCCGGUGGUGGAGCCGGGUCAGUUUUUAACAACACCAUAAGCAGCAACAACAACAACCGAUCCAACAGCUGCUCAUCGUCCGAACAUCUGCCAUCCGGAAUGUACUACGAUGAUUACGACUCGAACAAUUCGGACGAUUCUGACGAGGAAAUCAAUGUGACGUGACCUGAUAGCGAUCCAGAAUUCGAUCACUAAGUACAGCUUAAUCGUAUAAGAACUGCGUGGUGUUGUGUAAUAUAUUGUAACGAGACAGAAAAACUUUCCUUUAUUUACGUUGAAGCCUAUUGUUACUCGAGAUAACUGUAAAGAAGUGGAAAAAGGUGUAAAUUUGUACAAGCAACAACUCGGACGGUUUUAUGCAACCCUAAAAUCAUAGUGAAAUACUAAAACAACAAAGGCUCCACCCAAGCUGAGUAUAUGUAGUGUCUCAGUCGAAACACGAUCGUACUGUUGUAAAUAUUGGAGCUAACAUAAAAGAUCAACUUUAUAAUGUAGUAGUUACUCACAUAACUUAGAAUAAAUUGAUUGAAUAGUUGAUAGAGAUGAGAUAAUUUCUUAAAUCAUUGUGUACAAGUAGCACCAUUCAAUGAGAGAAAGCGAGUCAUAAACGUCAUUGUGUAAGAUAACGUCGAUCGGUCGAUCAACAGCAGUUGUAAAUAUGCAAAGGGAAAAGUUUAAAUGUUGUGUAACGAACAAAGAAAAAAAUCGCGUACUGCAAUGAUAUACAUAAUUGGUAUCUAAGUAUAUUUAUUAGCACAUACAACACACAUACACUUCAAGCACUUAAGAAUAUUAUGCACGUCCAGCCAAAUUCAGGAGGACCUUAACUCAAAUAGAUAUUGCCCGAGAAUAAAGU